GAUUACUUGUAAUUUGAUUAGAUGAAUGAACUUUUGCUUUAUUUAUAAAUCGCCCAUCGUAUAAUUUAAAGCUAAUGUAAAACUAACGAAAAGCACUAUAUCGUGAUACAAGCAUAGAUUAUAGAGCAGUAUGGCAACAUUGUAAUUGCACAUAUCCGACAUCUGUUUGCGGCUCGUCCUAUACUAUAAAUCCAUAUAUUUAUAUUUGAAAUCCUAACCUUAGAAUCGGCAAAACGUGUGUAAUACAUUAUCAUAAACACAAAUAUAUUCGUGCGAACAAUCGUACAUACAACGUCAGCUAAAAUAAAUAUGCUCUAGUAACAAAGGCAACAAUCAAGACUUUUUGCGAUAUGAACACUACUGAUUUUUAUUUCGUUAACAAUGUCGAAAUACCGCUGCAACACGUUUACUAAAUCUCGCGGUAACAACAAUUUACGUGUCUGGUUGUGUUAAUAUUUCUGAAACACGUGAACACAAUGUUAAAGAGAAUGGUGUUGAUGAAUAGAUGCACUCUAUGUGCAAUUCCAAUGCAAAUACCGCUGGUAUUUGUGAAAAAUCAUCGAACAGUAAUGUCAAGUUACGAAGGUUUUCAGUUUAAGAGGCCUUUUCAGCCAAAUAAGAUAUUGAAGAAAAAUAAUAGUAAGGAGCCAAGGAAUCGAGUUAAUGUAAGGGUCAAAGACUCUCAUGUUUCAGCUGUGAGACUUCUUUUAGAGAGAUUCGAGGUGGAUAUGAAUGAGCUGAAUACUCAUAAAAGUAUCUUUGUAGAAACGACUUAUACAAUUGAGAGAAGGAUAAUGCUCUUGCAAGAGUUGGGAGUACCCAAGAUAACAAUUAGUUGCAUCGUAAAUUUUAUCAAAGGAAUGUAUUUACCGGUAGAUAGGUUUAAAGCCAAUUUUGCAAUUGAUCCUGAUUUUAACAUAGCUCAAAACUUAUUAUCAUAUACUGAAAAUCCAAAUAUCAGUAGUCAAGCCAUUGAUCACUUGAACGAAAGUAUGACAAUGAAACAGUACUACGCCAUCUGCUUUGCAUACUAUCUUAAAACUGAACUGGAUCUAGAUGAAGUUCAAGUAAAACGUAUAUCAUACAAAAAGUAUACUCCAGUAUUGUAUAAUAGUUUCAGAUUAGUCAAAAAAACAUUGAAAAUUGUCAGAGAUAUGCCAUUUCCUGUAUCCUUGAUGAUAAAAAACAAAUAUAUAUUCAGCCUUCAUCCUGAAAAUGCCUUAAGUGUCAUUGAUAUGAUUAAAAGCUUUAAUCUUCCUAACAAAACUUUGUUACGAUAUCCAAAACUUUUUUAUUAUGAUUUAGAUGAUCUCAGAACUUUGUUGUAUUAUUUCAAGCAGUACAAUAUAACGCCACAAAUGAUUCAAAGUUGCUAUCAAAUUUUUCACCUUAGCUCUGCUGAAUUCAAGAGGAGAGUGGAACAUAUUUUAUCAAACCCAUUCACACUAGUUUAUCAGACACAUCCAAGAUUUUUGGUGUUGGUGCGAGAUUAUCAUAUAAUUCUUCCAAGAAUUCGUUAUCUUCAAGAAAAAAAUCUCAAAUUUGCCACUAUUUAUACCCUGACCACUUUUCAUAACUACUUAGAAAUAUUGAUUUCCAAGAAAAAGAUGAACUUGCUAAACAUAAGAAGUUUUCUUCAAUCACAAUUUGGUUUAAAGGGAGAAGAAUUAAUAGAGCCAAUAAGGAGGCAUGCAUGCUAUGCUUAUGCUCCUUUGGUCCAGAACUAUGAAACAUUAGUUUAUUUAAAAGAAGUUUAUCCCAAAGAGGCCAUCAUAAAGCAUAUUUAUGCGAUUCUGUAUAAUAAACUGGAUCUCCAAGCUGCACGCGAAGUUAUAAUGAAUGACCCAGAGUACAGUCAAUGGGCACCAGACAAACUAUUGGCACUAUGUGUAUAUAAAAUUGAAGAGAAGUGCCAUUUCUCGGGCGAGGCUGUUUUGGAGCCUGAAAAAUAUGCGGAAAGUGUAAAGGAGGAAUCAAGCCAAGAUAUAAGUAAAGAGAUGAACAGGAUAUAGGAUUAGAUUUUUCUAAAUAUUUCGAAUUGACUUUGUCAUGUUAAUAAAUUUAUAUUGUUACAUAAAUUCGCUGUUUAAACUUGUAUCAUUGGUAUCUUCUACAUAGAGUAAGUUCCAUGCUGAUUUAAAAUCAUGUUGAAGCAAGUGUGAUUUUGGCAAGUUUUUAUUAAAAUUUUCACACAUCAGGAAUUAAGAGACAACAAACAUGAGUGAAUAGUAACCUAAUGCGCAGUGUAUACAAUAAUAAUUUUAUCAAAGACAUGAAUAAUUGUAUCGUUGACGAAGAUAAAAUUGAAACAAAAAAAAAAUAUAAUAAAAAGGCGCUAUUCGCAAAU